GAGGCGCGACCAUUAGCGCAGACGGCCCAGGCUUGUUUGUAUGAGAAAAUAGCAUGACUCUCUCAAGGUUUGCAUCGUAGUUAAACGUAUUAAAACCGGUCAUUGUUUAGUUCAGUAACUCUGACGUGAAAUGAAGAGACUAGUUGUUGGAAUUGGUGGAAUAACAAAUGGAGGGAAAUCUACUCUUUCUCAAAGUCUUCAUCAGCUGAUACCCAACAGCUUCAUCAUUGCCCAGGACUCAUAUUUUAAGGAUGAUUUUAUUUUACCGGUAGACAGCAAAGGCUUCAAGCAGUACGAUACUCUGGAUGCUCUUCACAUGGACAAGAUGAUGAUGGAUGUUGACUCGUGGCGGGCAGAUCCAAACUUGUUCCUGAGGCAACGUGGCCGCAACAUCACGCCUUCGUCCAACAAUUCAGAAAUAUUUGUUCUGAUUGUGGAAGGUUUUCUUAUUUUCAACUACAGGCCUYUAAACCAGCUGUUUGACAAAAGGUACCUUUUGGAAAUACCUUAUGAAGUGUGUAAGAGGAGACGAAGUUCCAGGAUUUACAAUCCUCCUGACCCUCCAGGGUAUUUUGAUGGAUACGUUUGGCCGAUGUACCUGAAGAACCGUCAGGAGAUGGAGAGGAUCGCGUCAGAAAUUGUCUUCCUGGAUGGUCGGAGGCCAAAAGAGGAGCUGCUCGCUGAUGUGUAUGAAGAUGUUUGUCAGGAAAUAGACCGACUCCGGGUAGGGGUUACUACUUGAUGACGUGUCUGAGAAAAACUGAAAUGAUCUAGCUUUUGUUUUAACGUUUGUGGAGAUUGCUGCCGCUCUUGAUGAUAGAAAACUAUUGUUUUGGACCAACCUCUGACAGAAAGACCAAAUAAUGUUCAGUGUUUGCACUGGGGCAGGUUCCUGUGGGCUUUUGAGGUGCGGUCUCUGUCGCCCAGCAUCUUCUGAUCCUUCCUGUUGAUGACGGAUCAGUUUAGUUUUGCUUUUUUGAGCUGUUUGUUUUAUUA